UGUCUACCUUUUGUACCGUGUCGCGUAUUUUCCUCAAAAAGUUGCAUCAUGAUUCAACAAUCUAUUCGAGAAUUCGAAAACAUGAAAAAGGAUCUGAACACGAAUACAUCGAUUAUUCGUUUAAGAAACACGCGAUCGCAUUCAGAUCGCGUUUCUUUGAUGAGACUGCAAUCGUUUUCCCGUGACGCUUCAAAAUCGAAAAAAUUCGCCGAUUGUGAGGAGGAUGAUAAAGCACAACGAUCGAGACGCGAAGCCGAGACCGAGGAAGAUUGCAACGUUGAUUCUCGAAAGAUUGCGAGGAGCCGCUGUCGGAUCGAAAGUAAAAAGAUCUGCGAGAAGACGCGACGGAAGGCCAGGUCCGUCGCGUCUCAAGAUAACGUGGGUGAAGAACGAGAGAGAAAAUCUAAGUUCGCUAACAAUUACAUAUGUCCCGAACUGAGUCGACAAAAGCCAUGCACUUGGGAAGAAGAGCGAUGUCCUGAGACUCGUCAGAAAUGCAAUGAAAAUAAAGCACGAGUCUCGUCAAAAGGCCGCGCGGGACAACCGAGAGAUCUCAAUUGUUCACAGAAGCAAGAUGUAGAUGACGGAAGAUGUGGUAAAAGACGACAAUCAAAAUCAUGUAAGCAACGUGACGAUUGCGAUAAAGCUGAUGAACCACGUGUAGUCUGCAAAGAUUCCUUAAAAGAAACAGAUGAUUUUGAAUCAAAAUGCAAGAAAGAACAGCGAAAGUGCCCCGGAAACAAUCGAAAGCGAUCCAACAGCUGCCGCAAAAGAAAUUCUUCCCGAACUAGCGAUAAAAACUGCAGUAAAGUGGACGGAAAGCGAUGUUACUCAACAAGCGACGUUACAAAACAAUCAAUUUUCUUCGUCCCGCGAGAUCGUAAAUCCUUCUCCACUUCAAUUUCCGAUAUUAUUCUCGGCACAAAUGUAAGCGAGAGAUUUUAUACUAGCUGCAGCAAAGACGAGAAAGACCGAAGACAGGCUCCGUCUUGUGAGAAACGAAGAAUGAAGUGCGAUAUCAAGGAAAAAGAGGAAAUCGAAAAAAAAUGCGCGAAAGGUCCUGCUAAGUGUAUGUCGAGAAAAAAGGCUGAUAAGACGCAAACCUGUCAAUCUACGAAAAGAGAUGAAAACAAGAAAUUUUGCGAAUCCCCGAAAAAAUCCCGUCAGGAGGAAUUUUGUGCUAGCAGAAAAAAAGACCUUAAAAAAGAUGAAAAGCUUGAAAAAGAACCAGUGAAAGCACCUCCACCUGUAAAAGAUAAAAAGUCUAUGAAACAAUUGAUGAAGGAACAAAUAGAUCGCGAAUACAAAGAAAUGGAUGAAUGCAAGAAAGGCUUCGAAAAAGAGAAAAGGGGCGAUAAAGUCAAAAUGGUUUCCACAGAAUAUAAAUCGACGGACUUGAACCACAAUUUACGUAAAAACCCGGAAAAGCGGGGUAUUGAAAAGUUUGCAAGCACACGUAACGAAUCAAUCAUUUCGACGGACAAUGCGUUUAAAUGGUUCAACAUUUAUUCUAGAAUUAUUAAUGGCACGAUUCCAAUUAUCCCCAAGGAUGUCGGACUGUUCAAUGUAAUGUUUGAUCGAUCGUUCUCUACUGCGAAACUGAAUUAUCAGGAUGAUUUUGCUAUCGAACGAACUAUGUAUGAUGAUAAAAUAGUUCGGAACUGUUCUGCGAAUGGCGACGAUUUUAUUCACGGUGAUGAAUUGCCGAAUUAUGUUGAAAUAGACUAUGAGGACGAAGAAGAUGACGAGGGUGAAUACUAAUCAAGCAGUCUCCAAAAUCAAUUGAAUCUUACGCAAAGGUCACACUAAAUAAUAAUUUAAUAUGCACUUAUUAAAAAAGAACUUUAAUUUAUUAUACUUGUUUUAUAUUUUGUCACAAUAUGGUAUUUUUGAUAAACGCGUUGGCGAUGUAAUAAAUGAAAAAAUUAAUCCAGCUUGUAAUGUGAUUGCAUCUGUAUUUUGGCGUUGUUUCUUUGAAAAAAGAAAACAAUCCCUGUUAAACCAUAACUGUUUUCUUCACAUAUACGAACGUAUCUCGUUUUCAGUCACCAAGAAACAUUGCGAUCCUUGAUCAUACGGUAAUCAAUAACUUCAUGACAUUACUUCGCUAUAAAUAGUAGUCGAUCGUCCCCCGAUAAUACUUAACCAGAUUUCACUUUGUAGGCGAUAAGAUAAAAUUACUCUUCAGCAUGACUUGGACGAUCGUCGAUUACUCCCCGAGGGACGGUCGUGUAUACGAGCGAAACGCAAAUGCGGAGCCUUACGGGGGUUUCGCUCCUGCUUCACACGAGAGACGUCUUUGUAGCGCGACGGAGGCGUGAAUGGCAGUGAGCCAGGAGGCCCAAUUAUGAGUUAUUCAGUCCUCGCCACGGGGCACCGCGAUGCCGCUCUACCGCUCAGUGUAUGCACCUACCUGGCGCCUCCCCCUUUAUCUCGCGUGAGAGCGAGAAAGAGCGUAUGCGAGCUGGGGUGACGAAACGGGGGUUGAAACGCGGGACGUGGGGUAGAGAACGGCGAGGACGUCUCUGCGGGAUUCCCUCCGCCACUUAUGGGAAUGCGAUACGAGCUUUUCGUCGGAUGCUCUCUUGCGUUUUCGCAUUGUUACGCAACCGUCCUUCUCGCGUCUGCGUCACCCUCGUGCACUCCGACAAAGGGAAUCAAUGUCAAUGCGCGCUGCUAUGCCACGUACAUCCGCGCACCAGAGAGGACGAGGAAAGUGAGAAUGUUGAAAUGAUGAUUGAGAGUACGUAAUAAUAAGCGCGUAUCGAAAUCGUUAUGUUAUGCUAUAACGAUCGCGCGAAAUGUCACUCUGAGCUGAGCGGUGCUUCGAAAUUUAU